GCAAGGGAACGGCAGUAGACGGAACCACGCGAGGCAAGAAAGAAACGACUAUUCCACGUUACAUAGCGGGCAGGGACAAAAGCCAUGGAAAUUCCAUUUCCCCCUCUUUCGUGAUCCACAGGUGAAAGGGCGGCAACGCAGAAGCUGCAAACAGAAAGAGAGAGAGGGACAGGGGGAGACUGCUUGGCGUGUUCGUUGAUCUUAAACGAGGGCUUGCUCCAUUCCUCCCUUCUCUUUCUCUCUUUUGUUUCAUAGGUAGCAGAACCGAUAAGAAAGCCUUCUGUCCUUUGUUUUAGAUACGAUGACCACCGUGAAGUACGUGGACGUGUUGGUUCUCUGUUAUCUCGAUUGGUUUGAUAUUUGAGGAGAGUUGAGAUAUGGAAUGCUUCAUUCUGUUUUCUCUGCACCUGUUGGUAUCUUGUUCCCUUGUCAGUUUUAGUACAUGGUUGGUUUCAUAGAUUUUUGGUGAUUCUUUGAUGGGUGUUUCUGUAAACGUACUUUUUCGGUGGGCAGCCUCUUGAUAUUCUCCUUUUUUGUUAUUUCAACAAUGGUUGACGUAAAGGGUUAUGGUUUUAUAGCGAAGCGGAGUGCUUUUGAUGUGUAGAAGAUCUCUCAGAAGCAGCAAAGAUUUGUGUGACUUGGUCUGACAUGCUACAGCACAGGCUCACGAAUUGCUAAGCCUUGUAGGUUGUUUCCUUUUUGCCACUAAUGGGGCUGGGCUGGUGAAAUUUCUAGCAGGCGAAACCUGCAAUCAACAACUAUUUCUGCAGUGAAAUUGUUACAAUGGACGAGUUGCACGAUUUUGUGGAGCGAACAAUGGAGGAAGGGUUUGAGAGAUUACAUAAGCAACAAAAGGCAGCUCAAGAUGAAUUCAGGAAGCAGCACGAAGAAGACUUGAAAACAAUCGAGGAGUUGCGUGAUCAACUCUGGCAGGCAAAAGAAGAGAGGUAUCAAGAAAUGUUGAACCGUCAAAAAGCUGAACAAGAUGCAUUUGAGGCUGAACACAGGGCAAGACUGGCGGAAGAUCUGCUUACAGAAGAAAAGAAACAAAGAAAAGCCGUGGAGGCAUCUUUGGCUAAAGAGAGACUAGAGGUAAAUGUACUGAGAGAAGAGCUACGAGAUGCAUGGGACAAGAAACAUUCACUUGGAACUGAAGUUGGCAGCUUACAUUGCAUCUUAGAUGAGAUGCUAAGACAUCAAUAUGAAGGACCAUCUGAAGUGGAGAAUGAGUUCGGAGCGGAAACUGAACUGCAGAACUACACUAUACUCACACAUACAGAAUUGGUUGAGGCAACAAGCAAUUUUAGCCAAGGUUUAAAAAUUGGUAAUGGAGGUCUGGGAAUUGUAUACAAGGGAUGGAUUGACUCUAAAAUGGUUGCCAUUAAGGUGCUUCGGUCAGAGUUUCCUCAGGGAUCAAGGUUUCUUCGUGAGAUGAUUAAUCUGCUUAAACUACAACAUCCACACCUUGCUACCCCAAUAGGACUAUGCCUGCAACCUCAAUCCUUGGUGUAUGACUACCUCUUUAAUGGCAGCCUCGAGGACCGCUUGCUCUCAAAAGAUGGGAUAAGGCCACUUACAUGGGAAUCUAGAUUACGGAUAGCUGCAGAGAUAUGCUCUGCCAUUGUCUUCCUUCAUUCAAAUGGUAUAACCCAUGGCAAUCUCAAGCCCAGCAAUAUCCUUCUUGAUGGGAAUUUGAAUGUGAAGAUUAUUAAUUCUGGUAUCAGCCACCUUUUCCGUGAUCAUUACCACACUUAUGUGAACAACGACCCAGGUGGUUUGCAUUCUUACAUGGACCCAGAAUUUUUUGAGGAAGGGACAUUGACCAAGCAGGUAGACAUUUAUUCAUUUGGAGUAAUAAUUCUUCGGUUGCUAACUGGGAGAUCACCAUUGCUGCUUGUGGAGGAGGUUCGGAAGGCAAAGUCUGCUGAAAAAUUGAAAGACUUAAUUGAUCCUGUGGCUGGGGACUGGCCCUAUGUUCACAUUGUCCAACUGGCAAAUUUGGGGUUGGAAUGCUGUAAUGCAAGAAGGGAUUCUCGACCUGACUUGAAAUCUCAUGUCUUGAGGGUAUUAAAGCCAAUGAGCCCCUCAUCAGCAGCCAACUUUGUUCCUCCAUCUGCACCAGUGGAGCCUCGACAGCCUCCAUCAUAUUUCACUUGCCCCAUUUCUCAGGAUAUCAUGCAGGAUCCACAUGUGGCGGCUGAUGGCUUUACCUAUGAAGCAGAGGCACUGCAAGCAUGGUUUGAUGGUGGCCAUGACACAUCUCCUAUGACAAAUUUGAGGCUAAAUCAUCUUAAUCUUAUCCCAAACCUUGCCCUUCGGUCUGCAAUCCGCGAUUGGCUUGAUAACUCCUCAGGCUCAUAAACAACUUCGUGGUGGGCAUCUUUUGUGAAGGUAUGGUUCUUGAUGGAGUUAGCGUUUGUGGCUCCAGCUGCCGCAGGAUUGGUGCUAAAAUUAAGGGUAUCUUAAUAGAAUUCAAAUUUGCAUCUCGUUCUGGCCAAUCCCCACCCUCCUUAUGGUUUCUGGUUCCUGUCUGGGUUCAAUCACAAUGCAUUUCUGCUCUAAUAGGUGGUUUAGUAGUUAAAUGUUGAAGGGGUUGUCUGACAAUCUGUAAAUGCUGAUUUUUGUUUCUAAGGAAGCUAUGGUGCGUGCGCAUGAAUGUGUCUUGGAGAGGCGCCACGCAGUAGUAAUGUUGAUUGUCUGUAAAUAUCUAUGUACAUGACAGUAUAUGUUAUGACUGUUUAGAGCUCUUUAUUAGUUUUUUAAAGUACUGCAUUUCUUUGUUA